AUGCUGAAUUGGAGCAUGAGGCGGUGGUUGCAAGGGCUGGACGCAGUGAUGCCCCUCCAAAUUAGAAGACAAGACAGACCUACUUGGAAAUUGCAUGUAGACGGGUCAGCCACAAAUCAACUUUCUGGUGCAGGAGUUGCCCUCGUCACACCUGCAGGGCAACAUCUGCACGAGGCAGUCAAAUUUAGGUUUAAAGCCUCCAACAACAGAGCAGAGUAUGAAGCCCUCAUUUUUGGCUUAAAAUUUGCUCAGGAGUUGCAUGCUGAGUACAUUGAAGUCUAUAGUGAUUCACAGCUGGUAGUGAAUCAUGUUUCAGUAGAGUACGAGGCCCGUGGAGAGAGAGUUAUGGCUUAUCUAAGCAAGAUACAAGACAUGCUCACACAAUUCAAGGGUUGCACCCUCAGGCAAAUUCCAAGAGAAGAAAACACAACUUCUGAUGCUUUAGCUCGGCUUGCGAGCAGCACAGUAACAUAUAAGGCCAAUCUAGUCCCUAUUCAAUUCUUAGAAGAGCCCAGUAUAAAUUGUGCUGAAGAAAUUAAAAUGAUAGACACAACACCGAACUGGAUGACACUCAUAGUAGCCUACCUUAAUACUAGAGAACUUCCAAAUAACAGAAACAAAGCUCAAAAAAUGAUGAGGAAAGCUGCACUAUAUAUCAUAGUUGAAGGUGUAAUGUAUAAAAGAAGUUUCUCCAUGCCAUUGCUUAGAUGCGUCACAAAAGAGGAAGUUGCACGACUCAUGUCCGAAGUACAUGAUGGAUUAUGUGGUAACCAUGCAGCGGGCCAGAGCCUAUCAAAGAAAAUACUAAGGCAAGGAUAUUUCUGGCCAACCAUGAUGGAAGAUUCAAAGGCCUAUGUAAAGAAAUGUGAAAAGUGGCAGAGAUUUUCAAAAAUUCCCCGUGCACCGCUCAACAAUCUAAUUCAAAUGCAAAGUCCUUGGUCUUUUGCUAUCUGGGGAAUAGACUUGAUCGGACAAUUGCCAAAAGAUUUUUACAUGACUCAUGGAAUCAUAAAAAGUUUCUCUAUAGUGGCACACCCUCAUUCAAAUGGUCAAGUCAAAGCAUUCAAUAAGACACUCAAAGACACCAUGGAAAAAAGACUUGAAGAAGCUAAAGAGAACUGGCCGGAGGAACUACCAGAACUGUUGUGGUCAUACCGAACAACAGAAAAAAUAGCAACUGGACAAACACCGUUAGCAAUGGCAUAUGGUUAUGAAGCUAUGUUGCCCAUAGAAUUAGAACCUCCGUCCCACAGAAGAUUAACCUACAAUCAAGAAGAUAAUCAUGCUCUUCUAGCAAAAUCACUUGACGAAAUUGAAGAAAAAUGA